AUGUUACCCAAGAUCGUCGAAACCGUUCUUCAUUCUUUCCCUGCUGUGCGUGACCUUCGUCAGGAUCACCGCGACCACAUAAUCACAUGCAAACGUCGAUGGAUGUCUGUUUCAUGGGAGCCGUCGAGGAUCCAACAAGAAGAAAACACAUUGGAGGGCCAGCUCUCGAGGUGUCCUCGGUCUUCUGGAGCACCGUAUUUGAACCAACACAUGUCGGAAGCUUCUUUUUAUAUUCCGAUGUACACACAACCUAGUCCACCAUCGCCCGGAAGAAAGCGGGCACUAUUGAUUGGAAUUAAUUACAAAGGUCAACGCUGUGAACUAAGAGGGUGCAACAACGACAUCCAUAAUAUCUUACCAUGCCUUAUUAAUCAAUGGGGAUACGAUCCCAGAGAUAUUGUACAAUUAAUUGAUGACGGUUAUCGCCCCCCACCAACUAGGCAAAAUAUCUUACUUGAAAUGCACCGCCUGGCAUCUUAUUCAAGGACCGGUGAUUCCAUGUUCUUUUAUUUUUCGGGGCAUGGAGGCCAAGUCCGCGACCUAGAUGGCGACGAAGUUGAUGGUUAUGACGAAUUCAUAUGUCCAGUCGACUAUCAACAGUCGGGCGUGAUUAACGACGAUGAAAUACAUGAAAUCAUGUCGCUGAUAGAACGCACGCAGGUAAAGCCACUGGCAGCUGGCUCACGGUUGACGGUACGGAGAGUGAUCGAUGACGCGAAAUCACUAAAUAACUCAGCUUUACAGGCGCUUUUCGACUCGUGCCAUUCCGGCACGGUGCUCGAUUUGCCUUAUCUUUAUGACUCUAGACAAUGCACGUUCGUCGAUGGCGUUACGCCAGGUGCUCGCAUUAGGAAGCACUCCCAGGCACAAGUUGUUUGUUUCUCGGGUUGUGAGGAUUUCGAAGAGAGUGAAAGCAUCACAAUGCCUGGUCGACCUAUUGGUGGACUCAUGACCUUUGCUUUCGUACAUGUUUUCUCUUGCACGCAGGCUCUCACUUUCCAAAACAGAUUCGAACAAAUACGCGCAUUCGUCCGUGAAAUCCUACCGGACGCCAGACAACAUCCUCAGUUUUCCUGCUCGAAUCCUCUCGAUAUAACGUUGCCUUUCUAUAUCUGAACGGUUGUAAUCACUCCUUAUAUGUUAACAUGAUCGUGCGUAUUUGAUCUUGUUGACACCGUUCCGUUAUGAGCCGCUCGUAAGUACGAAAUUGCU